AUGUCGUACGCCUACCUCUUCAAGUACAUCAUCAUUGGGGACACGGGUGAGCGUCUACGUCUCCUUCCGCCCUCGUCGACAGCGACCGACGAGCUUGCCGGCGGACCGCGAUCCCUCUCUCUAACAUUCGGGAUGCCCCUUCGCGUCGUGAGAUUUCGACUUGUUUGCCGUUUCGGCGGUGGGAAUUUCCGAUGGGCCUCUCUCGUUUCCGCGGUGGAUCGUUCGGAGCGGUCGCGAUUUCACCGGAAAUCGCCUCCGCGUCUCCCGAUGUGCUUGUCUUCUCUCCAAUUGAUUCCCCUGGCUACAAUUGCUUAUUCCGCAAUGCCGCAAGCUUAAAUCCACCGUUCUUCUUCGCUUGACGCGGCCAUUUAUCUCAGUUCGACAAGGAUCUGGUGUUUUACGAGGCAAAGUCUCGUACAUUUGCCGCUCUCCUUGUCCCCUUCUUCAAUGCUAUCACAUGAUGCGUAUCAUUUUGGUUCCCCAGGAGUAGGGAAAUCUUGCCUUCUCCUGCAAUUCACAGACAAGCGCUUCCAGCCCGUGCAUGAUUUAACAAUCGGUGUGGAGUUUGGGGCCAGGAUGAUCACAAUUGAUAACAAACCUAUCAAGCUGCAGAUAUGGGACACGGUUAGUAAUAUGCUGAUUGGAGUGAAAAAAAUUCAAUAAUUUUAUUUUUUUUUUAAAAAAAUUCUUCUUAUGAACCCUAUUCCCUUUUGCCCUAUCAUGAUUUUCUUGCGUCCUUCUCCGUGGAGCUAUUUUCGAUGUAGUCAUAUUUUUUCAGAAAAUCUCGUUCUCUGUGCAUUCAAUCUGAUCCAUAUGAGCAAACAUUCAGAUUUUUUUUCUUUGGCGUUAAGCUCUCUGGAGUUUUGGUUGCCUCCUACUGAGGAUAGUAUUGUUUAGAGGCAGAUCUGAAUGGUCAAAAGAUUAUGGACAACAUUCGUUGACUUUUCAAGCUUCAACUCAUUUGCGCAAUGUGGGAUUAGAUUAUGAACACUGUGAUCGCCAAAAGAAGAAAAAUUAAUGAGAAAGAUCAAAAUGGUAAAGAGGAAAACGUCGCAUUUUUCUUUUUGUGUUUGGAUAAUAACAAGGUGGUAAAUCAUUGAUGAAUGAAGCCUGAGAAUAUGAGAAAUCAGUGAUGAGAAGAACAACAUACAUACAUAUUUCAAUAUCUUAUUGUACUGGAAGAACAGUUUUUCAGUAUUUGGAACUGGUUCAAGGAGAAAUUUUAAUGUAGGGAAAGAGAAUAUGAUGAAGACCAUGAUAAGAAAUACUGUUUGUAACACAAGUUACUGCAUUAGUCAGUUCUGCUGGGACCAUGAGGGAUGUAGCAUAACAUUCAUUACUAAAUAUGCUAUGAGAUUUCUUCCUAAUACAAGAUUUGUGAUCGAAUAUUCAUCUGAUAUCAAUACGUAGAUUGGUCUGAAAAUCCACGGUUUACAUCCAGAUGGUAAUGAGCAGAAGUGAGUUAUUCAUAAAAUCUUCUGCUAUGGGUCACUGGGUCAGGCGCAUGAAGAAAUCAAUCUUUUCUUAAUCCCUGGAAGAACUUUAUUGAAUGGCUGCAAUGCUUGUGGGAAGCCAGCCCCAUAAUCCCCAUGUUGGUCAAUGGAUUGUGAUCAGUGGACCUCAGAUAGCAAGAAGACAUUUGGGCAUUGUGAAGAUCAGAACAGCAGACAUUAGUUUUUUUUUUUUUUUUUUUUUUUUUCCUGUUGCUCCAAGAUAGUGGGAGGCUUUCCUUUCUUAGCAUUCCAAAAUAGUCAAACAUCUUUUAGUUGAAUUUCCUUUUUAGGUAAUUAGUUUGAGGCAGUUCCUAUCUCCACUCAGGAAUUCCCCUGUUUUCUUGCUGGUUGCUGCUCGAACAAAGCUCUGUGAAUGUUGCUUUAUUUGGCCAAUUAGAUAGAUACCAGCAGGUAAGAAAAAUAUGCGGUAUUUUCCCAAUAUAAAUAUAAAACCCUUGUUUUCUUUCAGAUGAUUAUUCUGACAGCUGGGUACGUGGAUUCUGAAAUGGGUUUUGGGUGUUCAUCAUCUCACAGGCCGGCCAGGAAUCCUUUCGAUCCAUUACUCGAUCUUAUUAUCGAGGGGCUGCGGGCGGUCUCCUUGUCUACGAUAUAACCAGGUGGACGUCUUCACCUCGCCUACAUUCAGCUCAUCUUUCUCUGGUUUUGGGAAAAUUCUCAGUGUUAGAGCUAUCAGAUCACCCCAUAUUGAUCACAGGUUUAUUUCUAUGAUAUAGUGAAUAAUAAUGACCGAUUUUUCUGGGAUCAAUAUGAAACAUCCAACCAUCUGUAUAAUAAUCACCUACAUUAUUCAGCUAAUCUUUUUCUGGUUUUGGGAAAUUUCUCAGUGUUAAAGUUAUCAGAUGAACCCAUAUUGAUCACUGAGUUUAUUUCUAUGAUAUAAUGAUUAAUAAUCACCGAUUUUUCUGGGAUUAUCCUCAAUAUUUUGAUCCUCUGGAGGGAAACAUCCAACCAUCUCUUAUAAUAAUCACCUGCAUGCAGCUCAUCUUUUUCUGGUUUUGGGAAAUUUCUCAGCGGAAGAAUUAUCCGAUCAUCCAUAUUAAUCACUCGUUUAUUUCUAUAAUAAUCAAUAAUAAUCAGCGAUUUAUGUGGGCUUAUUCUCAUUAUUUUGAUUCUCAGGAGGGAAACAUCCAACCAUCUCUUAUAAUUAUCACCUACAUGCAGCUCAUCAACCUCUGGUUUUGGGAAAAUUUUCAAUGUUAGAAUUAUCGGAUCAUCCGUGUUAAUCACUGUUUUAUUUCUAUAAUAAUGAAUAAGAAUUACAGAUUUAUGUGAGAUUAUUCCCAAUAUUUUGAUUCUCAGGAGGAAAACAUUCAACCAUCUGUAUAAUAAUCACAUGCAUGAAGCUCAUCUUUCUCUGGUUUUGGGAAAUCCAUCCAUCGAGCUUACCGGUUUUUUUUUUCUAUAAUAAUGAAAAAUGAUGACAUAUUUAUGAGGGGAAUAUUCUCAAUAUUUUGAUUCUCAGGAGGGAAACAUUCAACCACCUCGCGAGCUGGCUGGAAGAUGCAAGGCAGCAUGCAAACGCCAACAUGACGAUCAUGCUGAUAGGAAACAAAUGUGAUCUUGCCCACAGGAGGGCGGUCAGCACUGAGGAAGGGGAGCAGUUCGCCAAGGAGAAUGGAUUGAUCUUCAUGGAGGCCUCUGCAAAGACGGCCCAGAAUGUCGAGGAGGCAAGAAGUCCUUCUUUUCUUUUCUUUUCUUUUCUUUUCUUUUUUUUUCUUUUUUUGUUUCUAGUUUCAUAUUUCUGAGGUGUUCUUCGAUCAUUCACAGGCAUUCAUUAAGACAGCCGCCACGAUCUACAAGAAAAUCCAGGAGGGAGUCUUCGACAUAUCUAAUGAGGUCAGUCUCUUGCCCAUUGUUCUUCCCAAGGAGCCAGAAAAAUGGGAAUGAUCACAGAGAAGAAACCAUUCAGGAAUCUAGAUAGUGAAAAAGAAAUCAUAAGAUACUGUUAAAAAAAUGCAGAAAUAUGAACAUUUAGUGUUUGGGGGAGAAAGAUACUGAAAACAGUAAUGAUUGAAGAAAUCAAAUCAUUCAAGAAUCAACCAAAGAGGCAAAACAGGGACGAGGAAGACAAAAAGGAGUGAUCAGAUAAAAUCAUGUAAAGAACCCCUUGUUACCUUGUUCUUAGUAGCAAUCAAUAGAUGAAGGUUGAUCUUCAAUCUGCUGCUACGGCUGCUGCUGCUGCUGCUGAUGAUGAUGAUGAUGAUGAUGAUUUUUCUUUGCCCUGAUUGUUCUCAGUCUUUCGGGAUCAAAGUUGGGUACGGUGGAGUGCCUGGCCCAACCAAUGGCACCGGCAGCUCCUCUCAAACCAGCAGCUGCUGCAGCUGA